AACAAGGAUGUAGUCACAAAACGGACUAAAAUCGAAUCACAAGAUCAACCUAUUGAGGCCGACUCCGAGGAAAGCACUGAGGACGAACUUAAAGAUAUAUAUAAUACUCCACCACCGCUUUCUUGUGUUAGUUCAGAGAAUGAAUCUGAAGAAGACUUUAAAUUGGAGGAUAAUGACGCAUUAUAUUGUGAUAUGAAAACGGUUUCAUUCGAUGAUUAUUUAAACCAAAAUAAAACGGAAUCCGAAUGGAAAUUAAAAGAUGAUCGUCUAAUUAUUGAUAUUGUUAAAAUUAAGACCGCUGA